GGGCCAGUGUCCUGCUCCUAGCUGUGGUCUAACUCCCUCCUCUCUGCCACUACACCCCACGGACAGACGGGCAGCGGCCAAGCCAAGCCGCCACCAUGAACGACAUCUACAAAGCAGCGGUAGAGCAGCUGACAGACGAGCAGAAAAACGAGUUCAAGGCGGCCUUUGACAUCUUUAUCCAGGAUGCGGAGGACGGCUGCAUCAGUACCAAGGAGCUGGGCAAGGUGAUGAGGAUGCUGGGGCAGAACCCCACCCCCGAGGAGCUGCAGGAGAUGAUCGAUGAGGUGGAUGAAGAUGGCAGUGGAACUGUGGACUUUGAUGAGUUCCUGGUGAUGAUGGUGAGGUGCAUGAAGGACGACAGCAAAGGGAAAACAGAGGAGGAACUGUCAGAUCUCUUCUGCAUGUUUGACAAGAAUGCGGACGGCUACAUAGACUUGCAGGAGCUGAAGGUAAUGCUGGAGGCCACAGGGGAGGCCAUCACUGAGGACGACAUUGAGGAGCUCAUGAAGGACGGAGACAAGAACAACGAUGGGAAAAUCGACUACGACGAGUUCUUAGAGUUCAUGAAAGGAGUAGAAUAAAGAACAUCAAUAGAAGACAGAGUUCCCUGGCCCUUGAUGAUAUUUUUGUGUUUCACUUCAACAUCACAGACAUCUGGAGGCUGACUGUUGGAUGUCAUUGGCAGAACUUCUGAAUGACUUGCAAGAUUUAGUUGAAUAAUCAAUCUAUCUAAUUGCUUACGUAUUUUUAGAACGACCAUUUCUUGCAUUGUUUUAAAUACAGUUUGUAACUCGUUUUGGUGUCCAUAGACUACAUUUGUUUAAAUGUAAGCAUUUAAACAUACCAAAUGCGACGUAGCCACAGUACAGACAAGGUAUAAUGCAAUGGUUGUAUGUUUAACAUAUUCUCUCAGGGCUAGUUACUCUGCUGGAAAGCCUGUGUUGGAUGUACCCACCAUACGUAUGCUUAGAAUGUACACUCAAGUAAUAAAUGAGUUAGCCAAAGCAA